UUGCAGUUUCUCAAAUCAUUUCUGACAUGAAAAAAAUACUGCCCAAAGUUAUUUCUAUUUUUCAUAAUAUUGUGCAUGAGACAUAGAUUGGGUACACUGAACCAUCAGAAAGCAAAGGGGCCUCUGUUUUAGCCACCCAUGAGAUAAUCUUGAAUCUUGGAGUAUUUUUGGAUUUUGGAGUUCCAUAUAUGUUCUAGAGAAGUGUUGUGAAAUGACAUGAGAAACUUUGUGACUUUGGUUCAACAGUGUGAGCAGUGUGCAUGACUGCACAAUCAUGGCGAUUCGAACACCUAACAUAAAAUGAAACUGGCAAUGAACAAGCCUGUAACGCCUUCAACAUAUGUGCGCUGCCUCGGCUAUAGCAUGGUGAAGCAACUGGCAGAUUUUGUUGAUCCGCAAGAAGGAUGGAAGAAAUUAGCAGUAGACAUCAAAAAUCCCUCUGGAGAUAACAGAUACAACCAAAUGCAUAUAAGGAGAUUUGAAGCACUUCAGCAAAUAGGAAAGAGCCCUACCUGUGAAUUACUUCAUGACUGGGGUACAUUAAACUGCACAGUUAGUGAUUUGGUGGACUUGCUGGUUAAGAAUCAGUUUUUGGCACCAGCCAGACUUCUUCUUCCAGAUGCUGUGAAGGUGAAAAAAAAUAUUUCAGUGCCUUUACCCUUCCAAGAAACAAUGUGUCUAAAUGAAAAAGAAGCUCCUUUGGGGGAAAAGCAAAUGGCAUCUCUGCCCCCUCUCUCAGAUCCAGUCAGAGAGCUUGUAAUGCCAGUUUCUUGUGGUCUGAGUACUGAGGAGAGUGGCUCACUUUUGAACAGCACCAGAUUACAGAUUUUUCACUUUCAUGAGCUGAAAAGCUUUACAAAUAACUUUGAUAACAGACCAGUGUCAGCUGGUGGCAACAAGAUUGGUGAAGGAGGCUUUGGAGUGGUAUACAAAGGGUGCACCAAUGGCAGAACAGUGGCAGUGAAAAAACUGACGGCUCUCGCCGAUGAAAGUAUUGAUGAUCUGAAAAAACAGUUUGAACAAGAAAUAGCAAUAAUGGCAAAGUGUCAGCAUGAGAAUCUAGUAGAAUUGCUUGGCUUCUCAAAUGACUUUGAUCAGCCUUGCCUUGUCUCUGACUAUAUGCCUAAUGGCUCAUUGCUUGACAGAUUAGCUUGUCUGGAUAACACACCACCAAUUCCAUGGAAAACAAGAUGCAAUAUUGCACAAGGUGCAUCAAAUGGAAUCUGCUUUUUACAUGAAAAUAAUCACAUUCACCGUGAUGUUAAAAGUGCAAAUAUCUUACUAACGGAGAGAUUUGUGCCGAAACUUUCUGACUUCGGACUCUCAAGGGCCUCAGUUAAAUUAACACACACCAUCCUAACAGAGAGAAUAGUGGGAACAGCAGCCUAUAUGGCUCCGGAGGCUUUGCGAGGAGAGAUCACUCCUAAAUCAGACAUCUUCAGCUUUGGAGUGGUGUUACUUGAAAUUAUAACCGGGCUUACUCCUGUGGAUGAAAAUCGAGAUCCCCAGUUACUGCUUACUAUCAAAGAGGACAUUGAAGAUGAAGAGAAGACGCUUGAAGAUUAUAUUGAUGAAAAGAUGAGUAGUUGGAGUAUUGAAUCAAUUGAACAGAUGUAUUCAAUUGCUUGCCAGUGUCUGAAUGAGAAGAAGAACCGGAGGCCAGAUAUUAAGAUGGUCAAGCAGCAUUUAGAAGAAAUGAUGAUUGAAUAAGUUCUCUUUUUAUGGCCUGGCCUUGUUAUCUAAAAGAACUAUGUUUUUUCAUAGAUGAACUUGUUUCUCUUUGUCCCUUCAGCAUUGAAUGUCAACCUGCCAUUUUGAUGGGUUUUUAUAUUUGUGACCCUGUUCUUGUUGUCUUCUUUCCUGUACCAUAGAAUCGGAGUAGACAAAUGUGUUUCAUGAGUUCCAUGCCAUCUGAGCAGCACCUUUUUGUGACUUGGUUUUUUCCUCCUCCUUUAAAGUUAAAUACCUUAAAGCCUUAUUCAAAUGUUUGCUGGUAAUGUCUAUGGACUAUUGUUUCAUGUCUACUGACGCCCAAGAAGCUACAGAAUUAAACUUUAUAGAUUUGGUGAGCAUUGUUAAUUACAGAAAUGGCAUAAGCAUGAAAAAAUAGGAAGGAAUCCUUGUCUUCUCAGGCAUCAGUUGUUAAGAACAUCUGCACCCGGGGAGAUGCUCACAAACAGUUACUAGGCAUUGGGAACAUGUCCCUCAAAGUCAAGUGUGAUGGCUGACCACACAUAAGGUAUUUAGACUAAAUCAGUGGUUCUUAACCUGUGGGUCCCCAGAUGUUUUGGCCAUCAGCUCCCAGAAAUUCUAACAGUGGGUAAACUGGCUGGGAUUUCUAGGAGUUGUAGUCCAAAACACCUGGGGACCCACAGGUUGAGAACCACUGGACUAAAUAGAAAUAUAAAAACAUGCAUAAAUAAAGAGACUUUGCAUAUAUACAUAUAUAGCACUCCCUGAAUCAGUUUCAGCACAAAGUUGUACUUUGGUGCUGCACCAGCACUCUUUGGGUAAGAAGUUAAAACGGUGUCAAACUGCAUUAAUUAUACAGUGUAGAUGCAGCCUUAAUCUACAGUAGAAAUGUAGAAAGAAAAUUCUGUUUUUUCCUUUUUCUUUGUUCCACAAACCCAUAAUUGUUAGAUUUUCUACACCUGUGCAUCAAUAACAUUAGCGAUAAGAGGGCAUGAAAACUAUGUAGCAAAAUAGCAGGUUGACAUUCAAUGCCAUUAUUAAGUAUAUUUUAUCUCAACCCCAUUUAUUUAAUUUUUUUCAUGUCAGGAGUGACUUGAGAAACUGCCCCAGGUGGUGCAAUGAGUUAAACCCUUGUGCCGGCAGAACUGAAGACCGACAGGUUGGAGGUUCGAAUCUGAGGAGAGCGCAGAUGAGCUCCCUCUAUCAGCUCCAGCACCCCAUGCGGGGACAUGAGAGAAGCCUCCUACAAGGAUGAUAAAACAUAAAACCAUCCAGGCAUCCCCUGAGCAGCAUCCUUGCAGAUGGCCAAUUCUCUCACACCAGAAGCUAUUUAUUUAAAUAAGAUGUUUUUAAUAAUGGCAGGAUGACAAUAUGAACUGCAAGAGAAUAUUUUAGGGUAGAGUGCUUCUGUCUAACAUUCCAACCAUUCUAUUCCAUCCUCUCUAUUUUUCAUUUUUCAUUCAAAAGUCAGUAUUCAUGCUGAUUGAGCCUCCUCAGAUCUAACUGGGCUGCUUUUAUGGUACAGUGAGCACAUUAUAAUAUUUCUUCCUAAAAUUCUACUUCUGUUAAUCUUUUCCUGAACCUGCUGAUACCUCCCUCUUGAAUUGUGGUACAAGUUGUACAAUUCUGGCUCUAUAACUAUUGAACUCGCAAUUUGAACGUCAGAUAAGUGAUUUAACUUUAAGGGUCUAUUCAAUCAAUUGGUGUAAUUAAAUAAGAAGGUUGGUGAAGUUGGUGAAAUCAUUUUAAGUGCAACUGUGUAGCAGUUAUCCAGAAAGUUUGUGUUUCCUUUAGUGUUAAUUUGAAAUAAUAUGUAUUAUUCCAAUUUGAGUAACAUUCAGCUCCCUGUUUUCUUUCAUUUCAACUAGUGAUGCUGUUUAGAAAUGGUAUAAGUUUCUAUACCAGGCAUGGGCAAACUAAGGCCUGGUGGGUGGAUGUGGCCCUCUGAGCACUUACCUCAGACCCUGUUCAAUUUCCCUGUCCUCUUGUAUAAGGACACAAUGGCCUGCCGCAUCCUUCUGCCAAAAAGAUGAGGAGGAGGGCACACAGCAGCUGAGAGCCCUCUGGAGCUCUCUCAGCCACUGCAUGUCUUGCCCUUCUCUCAGCAUAAUGAUGGUGCAAAUGGCCCCGUCCUUAUGCCAGGAGGACGGCUCAAGGAAGGCAUGCAGUGGCUGAAAGCCCUCCAGAGCAAUCUCAGCCACCUCCUGUCUCGCCCUUCUCCCGGCAUAAUGCCAAUAGCAUAGCUCAAGGAUCAGGGAUGAAGGAUUGGGGCAGUCACCGCAUGUUCCGCCUUCCUCCUGGCAUAAAGAUGUGGUUACCAGCCCUGUCCUUAUGCCAGGAGGACAACCUGAGGAUGACUCAGGCCCUGCUCUGCCAACUCCUGGCCCUGCCCUCUCCUGGGCCCUCCUUCUCUCAGACCUGCUCUGCCCAGCGCGUGCCCAGCUGCCCUUCCUCCAGGUCCAGCUCGGCCCUUCUGGCCAAACCCGCAAUGCAGCCCCAAAGUAAAAAAAGUUUGCCUAUGCCUGUUCUAUACACUAGCAGUUAUAUUGGCCAGAGCACAGAAGGAGGAAUGAUCAGAAUCUAUUGUCCCUAAAGCAUUCCAGUAAAAUAGGCUUAACAAAGUUGGUUGCAGGAUUCUUUUUGUUAUAAUUGUCUUUGCUCUUUUGCUGUGCUAAAAUUAUGUCCAGUUUCUACAUUUGCAACUGUGCCAGUCUUUAAAAAGAAAUUUAGUUUUGUAUACUGAACACAACUUAUUUUUGAGUAAGUUAUUUGAGAUCCUGCUAAAAAUAUCAACAGCUGAAAGCAAGACAGCUGUGAUAAACAAAGCUUAAUACUGUGGAGGCACCAUAGAUUUUUUUUCUCCAUCCUGUGAACUAUACUAAUGAUGAUGAUUACUUAUUCUGUUUUGUAUGAAAUGCAGAAAUUAGACCAUAUGAUUCUAUCAAUGGAAACUGGAGUAAAUCUUCUCAGUGGAGAAAAACCAACUUGUUAAAAUGAAUAUACGUGGCACCUUGUGAAUUGGCGGCAGUUAGAUUUAUCUACUGUUGUUUUAAAAUUGUAUUAUUUUGAUUUUAUGCUGCAUAUGUUGACAGGGGUUGUUGUUAUAAUUUCAUGUGACUUGUUUUAUUCUUUUUUACCGUUUUUACCUGUUGUAUGUUAUAUGUGCACCCUGGAGUGCCUUGUAAGCCAUCCCAAGUCCCUUUGGGGAGAUGGUGGCGGGAUAUAAAUAAAGAUUAAUAAUAAUAAU